AUGAGUUUGCUCGCUAUCAACACAGUGGACCGCCUGGAUAGGCCAAGUGCCUACUAUGUCAGUAAGAACAAGCGUCGCAGAUUUAAUGACCGCGAAGAUGAGAAGCCCGAGGAGCCCGAUGACAAGUUGAAGAAUGCGACUACUCUCUAUGUGGGAAACCUCUCCUUCUACACCACUGAGGAACAAAUCCAUGAGCUCUUUUCCAAGUGCGGUGAAAUCAAGCGCCUAGUGAUGGGCCUGGACCGAUUCAACAAGACACCCUGCGGAUUUUGCUUCGUCGAAUACUAUACACACCAGGAUGCGUUGGACUGCUUGAAGUAUAUCGGUGGAACCAAGCUGGAUGAGCGAAUCAUUCGCGCUGAUCUCGACCCUGGAUUCGAGGAAGGACGGCAAUUCGGACGAGGCAAGUCGGGUGGACAAGUGCGCGACGAAUACCGCGAAGAAUAUGACCCGGGCCGUGGUGGAUAUGGUCGCGCCUAUGACGAGCAGCGCCAGCGCGAGGAAGAUGAGUACGGUGCCGGCAGGUAG